CUCUGCCCCACUUUUCAGUCAUACACGACCGAAGGCACGCGGCGCUGCUCGCCUUUCACCCACGCCCCACGUUGCAACCCUGUCAUCCACCCGUAGCUCGCUCCACACAACACAACCCCCCACUCAACCAGCCGCCGGCGAGAAAUUUACUAGCCGAUCCAUCUGGCGGCGAAUCCUCCCAUCCAGGUGGCGGCGGCGCCACACUGGAGUCACAACACCAUGGACGAACACAGCUCUGAGUCCGGCAGCUGCGGAGCAGACGCGGAUGGAUCUGGCAGUGGGCAACUGGAUGCAGCUCAUCCGGUGCCCGCGCAAGGCCCAUAUGGCUCCUCAUCUAGCGCCGGGGAGAGAGAGCCACCUCCGCCAACUUCACGCAUAUCGGUCAAGCACGCGGUGAGCGUAAUCAAGACUUUUGAUGAAUACAAGAGAUGGCUAGUAGAGCAAAUUGGGUUUGGAGGGAUGCUGAAGCUGCCGGACAUCCAGAAACUAAAUCUGAAGUGUGGCGCGUGGAUAAUGAGCAGAGUCAGCGUCAGUCGCAGGGAGAUUAAGCUUAGGGAUAAUAAGGUUAUCAAGUUCUACGCCGAGGAUCUUUACAAGGUGUUUGGGAUCCCAUGUGGCCAUCGUAAUGUGAAAGGCAGAGAUGCGAACAUCAACCCUAAGGCAGUUCAUUUCAUAAAGGCAAAUUUGCAGAUGAACAAAACAGGCGUCCACAGCUUGCGGGCAGCCGAAGAUUUUCUUCUGCGGGACAUCAAUGAGAAUUCAAGCAAGCUAGAGAAAGAUUGUUUCCAGAUUGCCUUCGUCAUUUUUGUCAUGGGACAUGUGCUAGUGCCUACAACCAAGCAUAACUACACUACUAUCGAUUUCUGGGGGGCAAUAGCAAACACCAAGUCGAUAGAUCAAUUCAAUUGGUGUGAGUAUGUUCUCCAGCAUCUGCUAGCUGCAGUGAAGAAGGUCAAGAGAGAUAUGAUGGCCAAUAGUUUGUCCACUAAUCUAACCGGUUGCCAUUUGUUCUUCCAGAUUUUUUGCUGGACAAUCUUGAUCUGGGCAUCUUUAACAAGGCACACAACGUGCUCCCCAGGAUAAGCGACUUCGACCCUGAAUCGUUUAGCCGAAUGCUGACCAUGGCUCUCGAUCCUGUCAAAGGAUCUAAUUCCUACUUGCAUGCUAAUAUAACAGAUGCUUCGACCGUUUGCUACACACGACAGAAGUACCAGUCUCAGGCCCCGACGUCAUCGAUACUCAAGAGGCAGCCUAGGCUCUCCGGCACGCCACCGGCUGCUCAGCAGCGGAACAACACUCCCCCAACAGCCAUUGGUGCAGUUCCUGGUCCACUAGAAUUUGCUAAAUACCUCCGGGAGAAGUACCCACACCUUGUAACUGAUGAGAUCACCAUGGUAUUAAAACAGCACAACUCUAGGGCCAUUAUGCACUUGACGAAAGCUAGCAACUCCAUCCAGCAGGCUCUGUUAGAAGCGAAAAAUGGGUUGCAGAUGGAUACGUACAAGUUAUCAGAUAAAGUAAUCAAUUCACCCGCCACACGAUGUGUGUGUUGUCGCGCGAGGGGUUUUAAUGAUUAUCCUGCAGCAGCAUCCGCUAAUUCCAAGGCAGUACGGUUUAACACGCGGGUGGCACAUAGGAUACAUGGUCAAAGGCUUGAAUUGUCUGAUAAUGAAGCUACAUCACCUGGUCCCAACCCGAAACGCCCCCACAACACGAGGGGUUUUAAUGAUUGUCCUGCAUCAGCAUCCGCUAAUUCCAAGUCAGUAUGCUUUAGCACGCCGGUUGCACAAAGGAUACAUGGGCAAAGGCUUGAAUUGUCUGAUGACGAAGCUACGUCACCUGGUCUCAAACGGAAACGUCCCCACAACGUCGACGAUUGCACAUCUGUCAGCAAGAAGUCCUCAUCAGGAGCAUCGGGCGGUCUAUUCAAUUUUUUCAAGACUAACCUAAUGGCAAUAGCUCAACUCUAUGCGGAUCUCCCAGCCAACACACCCGCUACUGUAUUCGGCCAAUGUUGCACCAACUUACAGAAGCGGAAGUAUGUAUUCCAGCAUGGUUUUGCAACUGAUCCAUGGGGAAAGGGAGUUGUGCAACACCCCCGCAUGGUCCAACCACAGACCUCCUUGCUGCCCAUUUAUCGAAGCUGCCUGAACAAGAUUUUCAGAGGAACUACAUUAUCCACGCCAGCCCUAGGAUUAUACGCAUCUCUGUGUUGGCUAUGAGUCAGCAGUUAGUUGGCACGCGGGGUCUCCACCACGAGCUCAUGUCUAUCAUCAUGCGAAGGUAUACACAGUCAGAUCAGGAAGCCAAUUCCGAAUGCCCAUACAUGAAAUGGAGGCACAACAUGGAACCCGACUUCGCGACAAUUGUCCUAGCGGACCAUGAAUAUGUGACAAACAUAUCCAUCCAGAACCAGCUCGUUGGCAAGGAAAUCCCGUACGACAUAACUUCCUGCCAGAUGUUUUUCUUACCAGUCCCGCUGGAGGAUGGCUGGAUAGCACUGAUGUGGGACAUGAUGGAGAGGAAGCUCCACGUCCUUCACCCACUCAUCAGAGGUGAUGGUCCUAGCGAACCAAUGAAAGACAAGCUCAAGUUGGUUGCCUGGAAACUUCACCAUGCGUUGUUCGACUGCCUUAACGAGUAUUAUGCUGGAUGGCCUACGCAAGAUGGCCAGUGGGUGACCAAGUACCCAGUCAUAGCUGAAGAAAAUUUUAGCAGAGAUGAAACUAGCGCGUGUGUGCUCCAUAUCUGCCGGCACUAUGAUGGCGUCAAGAUGAAGAUUCCCCUUACCAAGUACAAUGCCGGCAAAACAAAAAGGCAAGCUCUACACGAGUGUGUCAAACUACAGGGGAACUCAUCGAAGCUGGCGCACGAGGCUCUGUGGACGUGGGGGGAAACCUGCUGCAAGGCUCAUGCUGCGCCACUAGUGGGUAUAAGAAUGUCCAGCCAUCGGUGUCAACCAACCCGUUGCCGAAGAAGUUGUUGAAAAGAGAACGGAAUCUACGUUGGAAUUUUUUUGCACGGGCUUCAUGCUUGAUCUUCAUCUCAUCCAUCACAUCUGUCUCCGUAGGGUCAAGGACCAUCAUGGUUUUCUUGUCCUUGUCCAUAAGAUAGUUCUGAACUGCUUGCUGGAAACGAGAGGUUGAACCACCAGCUCCAGAUGGCAACAUAUUGGUAGGAGCCUUCCCGUCGCCUCCAUCUGCAUUUCAGCCCCAAGAUUACAGCAAGAAAAGCCAGAGUUGUAAAGGUAGAUUAAUGAUAUACGGUAUCUUCAGGAGGCAAUUACCAGCAUCAUCACGACGGAAUGAAGGUCCAGGACGACAGUUUGUUUGCACGUCCAAGGCUCGCGGACGAGUUGUGACAUGUGGUCCAAGCUCUCCUGCAUCACUACGCUCGGUUGCACGCUCACGGGCUUCCACACUGGAGGUUGAUCAUCACCACCAUCUACGGAAAGAAAAAGAAACAGGUGCAUAAGGACAGCACGCCUGACAUGGAACCCGGGUGGGCAGGAUUUCUUCUCUCAUUCCGCACUAGCAUUUUACCUCUGCCAUCAUGAUAAAAGGAAGGUGCAGACCGACAUGAUGUCUGAACAUCUAGUGCGUGCGGACGGGUCGCAUGCUGGACUCGAGCAAGAAGUUCCUGUCUACUGGGACGGGCAUCUUCUCGGUAUUCAGUACCAUGCCAACCCAACAAGAUUUGACCAUUGAGAGGAGGGUCUUCAUCUUCAUCAUCUCCCGGCCUUGCGCUCCCAACCAUCAUCGUUGCUGGAAAAAAAUACUAAAGAGGAAUCCACCAGGCUCGCCGACUACAUCAUGCCAGUCUUCAUCCAGAUGAUCGAAUUCAUCCUGUGGUUUUGUCUGUUCAAGAAGAAAGUAAAGCUUCUCUAUGAGAUGGCACAUGUGGGCUAGAUGGCAACCUGACUAAGAAAUAUCUUUUUGUUACUCAUGUGGAAAAGGAUUUGUUUCCUUACUGGGAAUAUGCCUGGGUACUCCCUGAUGAGGAAAAUCAUCGUCCUGCAUAUCUCUCAUGUGUAAACGCUGAUCCGUGGGACUGUGUGUUGUUCUAAGUUAUAUACCCCGAAGUCAAUCCAGUCGAAGAACCAUGGCUGUCAGAUAUGCAAACAAAACAGGAAUCAAAAUUCAGAUGUUAGGAUCAAGAAAUGUGCGCCACAAAUCAUGAAAAAGAAAAUAUUUUUUUAUGUAACUGUUACUUAAUUACAAGCAGUCCCAAAUGGCUGCCUCCUAUUA